AUGACGAAGAAGGAAGUUAUAAAAUCUCAGCAACAUCAAACUUCAGACUCUAAGAAUAAUCUUUUUCGUACGUCGAUGGUACGAACUUUCUCAUGCAAGUUUUGCAAGAAACAAUUUUCUUCUUCGCAUGCUUUAGGUGGACACCAAAACGCUCAUACGAGAGAGCGCAUACUUGCAAAGCAUAGCCAAGAGAUUAUGAAGGGUCAUGUGACCCCUCAUUAUCCUUUUUCUUACUAUAAUUCUCCUAGUAUUUCUACACCCCCUUAUCAAGGAUAUGGAUCCUAUACUAGAGCCCCUACACCCCCUUAUCAAGGAUAUGGAUCCUAUACUAGAGCACUUGAAAUUAAGUUGGAGUCCAUGUUUCAAAACCCUAGUAAUAUAUGGAUCCCACCUCCUUUCAAGCAUGAUUCUACUCCUAUGUGGACACCAAGGCAAGAAAUGAAAAAAAAUUCUUCUAUUGAUGAAGUGAAGAUUGAUGUUCUUAAUGCUAAUAUGAGUGUUGUUGGAGAGUCUUUAACAAGUGUUGCUACAAAGUCAAACUACAAGUCAAAUGCAGUUGUCAUAGGUGUUGAUCAUCCUCGUACCAACAAAGAAGAAGUUUUUGAUUCUGAAUAUACUGAGUUUGAUUUGUCCCUUAAACUUUAA